AUGGCUAGCAUUACACAAGACCACAUCAAAGAUAUCAAUGACAGUAAAGAUACAUGGACUAUUGUUGCCCGUGUUCUCAGAAAGUGGAUUGCGUACAAGAAGACUCCACCCUAUGCUCCAUGGAGGAUUGGCCUACUUCUUGUGGAUGAGCAGGGUUAUAGAAUAGAAGGUUUUGUAACACAAAGAGGGCUGUUUGAGCAUUACAAAAAUGAACCCAAAGAGGGUGGCGUAUACUACUUUGAAAACUUUGAGGUUGUUGACAAUAGAGAUCAAUACAGAGUUACAGCACAUUCCUGGAGGCUUAAGUUUCAUGCUACUACCUACUUUGAAGAAUCAGAUUUGCCAAUUCCUGGUGAGGCAUACAACUUCGUCCCCAUAAAAGAUAUUGCUGAAUUCACAACAAAGAAUGAGGGGCUGAUUGUCAACACAUUUAACAGCAAGAGUCAUGAACUCCAGCCCCCUAUUGUUGUGAUGGUUAGGUUUGGCAGGCUUAACAAGCCUACAGCACAUGGUCACAUUACCAAUGUGUUCGAAGCAACCGAGGUUUCAUUCAAUCCUAAUAUUCCAGAGGCUCAACUUUUACUGCAAAGAUUUAAAGUCCAUUACAAGGUGUUUGAUUCAACGGGUAAAUGUUCAGUCAUAUUUUUCAAUCGCCUUGCUUCUAAUCUCAUUGGCUUCUCAGCUGAGGAGCUGAAGGAAAAGUUAGCAAAGGGGAGCCAACUUAACAUAACUAAUAAUGUUACUUUUGAGCAGUCCAUAAUUGAGUCUCCUGUCUCACAGCAACCAACAACAUCAUCAUCAAGUGCCAUAGUGAGUGAGGACCGUGACGCUCUAGUAUCUCAGUUGCUUUCCUCUCCGGAUUUAUUGUCCAAAUGUAAAAAACACACGGCUGAUUCCUCUAUUGAUGUUGAUGACAUGAGACUGUCUAACCACUCAACUUCAAACUCCAGCUAUAUGAAGCCACUGAAGAACAUUAAAAAGGAAGAGUGA